AGCAAAGAAAACGAAAAGAAACAAAAUAUUAAAAAACAAAAACAAAAGUUGAAAGAAGAGUAGUAGUUAGAACGUCAGAGCUCCUUCCCAGGAAGCUUUCAUCAUCCAUCGAAAAUGGCAGAUUCAAGAAUCGGUCAAACUCUGCCUCCCAUUCCAAAUUCCAAACCUUUUCCUUCUUCUUUAUUUACAAACCCAACAAACUCAUUGUCCCCAAAUCCCUAACUCCUCGAUCCCCUUGUUCUUCCUUUGUCUGAAUCCAUCUUCUUCCACUAAUCUAAACCCUAGAAACAGAGAGAAACAGAGUUUACUCAAUUUCUCACUCUUUGCUCUGUUUCCAAUGGCUUGUUUCUUGAAUUGCGUCCGGUUCGAUGUCUCCAAGAGAAUCACCGACAAACCCACAAGCAAAGGGGAAUCUUUAACCGUCUCCGGCGUCACCUGUUACAGCUGGGAUGACGUGGAAGCUCUCACUUCCAAUUUCUCUAGACUCAUUGGUUCCGGUGGCUACAGCAGUAUCUACAUGGCUCGCUCAUCUACUACCUCCGGUGGCUCUGACAAGGCGGCUCUCAAGGUGCACGUUAGUAGCCACCGUCUCUACAAGAUCUUUAGAGUCGAGCUUGAUAUCUUGCUCCGUCUUCAUCAUCCCAACAUUGUCAAACUUCUCGGCUAUUUCGACGAUUCUGAGGAAAAUGGCGCUCUUCUUCUCGAAUAUCUUCCUCAAGGGAAUCUACAGGAGAAGCUACAUAGCAACAGCAAGCAAGUCUUGCCUUGGAGGAACCGUAUAGCCAUUGCGUUUCAGCUACUUCAAGCCAUUGAACACAUUCACGACAAAAUUAGCCCUCAGAUCGUUCAUGGAGACAUCAAAUCCUCCAACAUACUCCUAGACAAGAACUUGAACUGUAAGCUAUGCGAUUUCGGGUCAGCGAAAGUUGGUUUCUCUUCAAUGGUUCAGCCUUCUACGAUGUUGCCAAGAUCUAGACAAGUUACAAUGGUGGGAUCUCCUGGUUACACGGACCCUCACUACUUGAGAACCGGGAUUGCUUCAAAGAAGAUGGAUAUGUAUGGGUUUGGAGUCGUGGUUCUUGAAUUGGUUUCAGGGAAAGAAGCGUUUUCUGCUGAGAGAGGCGAGAUGCUGGUUCAUAUAGCUGCUCCACUUAUCAAUGAGAGUCUUGAUUCAAGUGUAGACAUCGCUGGAGAGAGUGUGAGACAGUUUUUGGAUCCGAGGCUGUCAAGAGAUAGUGUUGAUAUUGAUGAAGUGAAGACAAUGCUGAAUGUGGCUGCACUUUGUAUCAGUAGCCCACCAUCUUUAAGACCUUCUGCUGCUCUAGUUGCGGAAACUCUUAAACAGAACAUACCAUCUUUAAGUUUUCUUGGUUGUGGUAAAGGAGUGUGAAUUAAUGGCCGUCCAAAGAUUUCGGUUUAGGUUAGAUUUCUUUUGUGUGAGACGACGACACUGUACAGCUUGUGUGCAUUGAGGAGCUCUUCGGAAACAAGAAAGAAGAAAAACCAUGUAAAUAGUUUGUUUUGUUUUUUUUGUAUGUGAAUAGCAUUUCGUGUAAUUAUCAUUGAACAGUAUUUUGAACCGUUGUUUGACUGUUCUGUGUGAAAAAAUCUUAGAGAGAAAGAGAACUUUUCUUCAUGUCAAUGUAAUUUAAAAGUCUCACUUGAAGGAGAAGCAUAUGAAUAUGAUAUUGUGAUGAUGAAGCAAAGUUUAUGUGACUUGUAG